AUGACAUGGUGCAAUGACUCAGAUGAGGAGAGGGGAAUUGAACUGGUUGCGCCCGCUAUUACUCCUACAACUAAUAACACUCUUGUUACUGACACAAAACCAACCGAAAUUCGUAACAUAACUUGCCCCUCAUGUGGUCAUAACAUUGAAUUCCAAGAUCAGACUGGAAUCAAUGACUUGCCGGGGUUACCAGCUGGGGUGAAGUUUGAUCCGAAUGACCAAGAGAUAUUAGAGCAUUUGGAAGCAAAGGUACUUUCUGAUGUGCCCAAACUCCAUCCCCUAAUUGAUGAGUUCAUACCAACGCUUGAAGGGGAGAACGGGAUCUGUUAUACGCAUCCAGAAAAGCUUCCAGGUGCAAGCAAAGAUGGACAGAUCCGGCACUUCUUUCACAGGCCAUCCAAAGCAUACACAACCGGAACAAGGAAGAGAAGAAAGGUUCACACUGAUGAAGAGGGAAGCGAGACAAGGUGGCAUAAAACAGGCAAAACCAGACCAGUGUUUGUGGGUGGUGCUGUGAAGGGUUUCAAAAAGAUACUGGUCCUCUACACCAACUAUGGGAGGCAAAAGAAGCCCGAGAAGACGAAUUGGGUGAUGCAUCAGUACCAUCUUGGCAGCAAUGAAGAGGAGAAAGAUGGAGAAUUAGUGGUUUCAAAGGUUUUCUACCAGACACAACCUCGACAAUGUGGGAAUUCCAUUAUAAAGCAGGACCUGUAUGAUGAAGAAAGAUUGACUAACCAAAGUGUCCAUGAUGAGAACAUAAUAGCCAGAAGUGCAACUCUAAUGGACUACUACAACCCUUCUUUCAUAAAUUAUGAGCAUGUGGGUGGUCGCAAUAAUAGGGAAAGUUCACCUCAACUUAUUCCAAAUUUGGUCAUGCAAGGUGAUACCUCUUCUUUCAUUCGAUUAGCAAUGGAUGCCACCAAAGCCAGGCUGGACACAAAAUAA